ACGUAACCAAAAAUCAUAUAUAUUAAGAAGAUUCAUCAAAUCUAUCUGUUACUCUUCUGUGUUUAUCAUUUAUCUCCUUCUCUCUGAGUCUCUGACACCAAGACUUUCUCGCAUAUUCUCUGAAAAGAUCCACGAAAAUGACUUCUCAUCAUUACGACGUAGCUUCUUCGUCAAACCCUCCUCCACCACUCACCGCAUCACGUAUCUACAUCGGAAACAAAGCAAAAGAGAUUCUCGCAACACGUGACAUCACCGAAAUCACAAAACUCGUCACUACCCUCUGUUACGGCAAAGAAACAGAGCAAUCUUCUUCAUCUUCAAAGCUUCUCUAUGAAGUCUUCACAAAACAUUUCCCAAAUAUCUUAGUCUCAAAACUCCUCCAAAUCUACAGUUCCGGUACCGAUAUAACCCCAAAGAUUCGAUCUUUCUCACUCUAUCUUCUCGAUUCACUUCUCACGGAUAUCGACGAUUUCCGUGGUGGUUUAAAAACAGAGUCUUUGGAUGUUAUCAAGAACCGUGUAAGUACUUGCCUUCUCUCGCAAGAAACUUCAUAUGAAGACUUUAAACUCCUCUCAAGAAUCGUAUCUCGUGUCUGUGUUGAUGUUUUCAUUGGAGACAAACCUUGGGACGAGCUCUGUUCUUAUAUUCUCUCAUUAGAUGGGAAUAAAAAAGCUCUCUUGAUGUUCAGUGAAUUGCCAACAGUCCUUGAUGAAGAGUUCUUAAUGCCGUUGUUGGAUAAUGGUCUAGGUUUAAAGAUUGUUAGUGUGUUGUUGAUGAAUCAAUAUUAUGAUGAAGAAGAAUGGUGUUUAGCUUUAGAAGCUGGGUUUAGUUUGAUACUUCAGCUUGUGAAUUUGGACAAGAAGAGUUUGGUUUGGGAUUUGGUUUACGUGAUUGUGAAAUCGAUUUGGGAGAUGGUUAAUGUGAAGAGAAGAGAGAUUGUUGUGCGUAAAGGGUUUGUUAGAGUUGCGAAGAAAGUGAGAAGAGAAGCUUUGAGGUUUCGUGAGGCUGAGUAUGAAGUUGUGUCACGUUUAGGUUUGAUGAUGCUGAGGAUUAAUGGACUUGGUGAAGUUACGAUGAUGAUGGUGACUUUGAUUCACGAAAUUCUUGAGAGGGUCGUUCUUGUGUCUAUUCAUGUUGGUAUGGAUUCGCUUUGA